AUGGGGUCAUCCAGUGUAUCGGCGGCACAGCUGACGUCGUCGUCGUCGUUGAAGAAGGAAGGUGGUUCAUUUAGAAGCUGGUCAUCCUCUUCCCGAUCAUGUUCUUCAAUUCCAGCUCUUGGAAAUGGUAAUGGUAAUGGUAAUGGAAAGAAGAAGAAUAUGGUGGUGGUGGUGGUGGAGUCGAUUAAUAGAAGUUCUUCUUCUUCUUCUUCGUCUCGACAGCAUGAGCAGCAGCAGCAGCGGCGGCGACAGCGUAGUAGAUGUUCGUUCAGCAGAAAGUGUGCGAGGCUGUUUAAGGAACAGAGAGCUCGAUUCUACAUCAUGAGGCGAUGUGUUACCAUGCUCAUCUGCUGGCGAGAAUACGCCGAUUCUUGA